AUGUCUUACUUCAUGCUGCACUACGGUUCAAGUUCUGCGUUUCAAAAAAAUUGUCGACUCGAUUAUAAUGGAGAUCAAUGGACAUCCCUCAAACUCCCUCACCUAAAGAACUUGCGCAAAAUUCAGUUCUUCUCACGUGCAGGAAUGUGCCUCCUAAUGGGUAAAUAUGUUAUCCUCAAACCUGAUGCACCUAGAACCCGACGCCGGGUCAUCUGCGGUAACGGCAACGUCGUACGCGGUAACCCUGACAAGUCCGGCUCGGUGGCAUUAAGUCCACCCAGCUCCGCGCGGUGUGGAAUCGGUGCGACAAUCUGUCCGAGCCCUCGUCGUAAGGUGGUUUCUGAGGAGCAUCAAACAGUGCUACAUAUUCUAAUGCUUCAAUGA